GCUAUUGUAUUACCACCAAUGGCGAGAUGGCCACAUGAAAGUGGAUUCACGUUUACCACUUGGUUCCGACUCGACCCUAUCAACUCAGUCAAUAUCGAGAGAGAAAAGCCUUACCUUUACUGUUUCAAAACAAGUAAAGGAGUUGGAUACUCAGCCCAUUUCGUUGGCAACUGUUUGGUCCUUACUUCAAUGAAAGUCAAAGGCAAGGGCUUCCAACACUGUGUUAAAUAUGAAUUCCAACCUAGAAAGUGGUAUAUGAUUGCGAUAGUGUAUAUAUACAACAGAUGGACAAAAAGCGAGAUAAAAUGUCUGGUAAAUGGUCAAUUAGCUUCAAGUACCGAAAUGGCCUGGUUCGUGUCAACAAAUGACCCAUUUGAUAAAUGUUAUAUCGGUGCGACGCCGGAGGUUGAUGAAGAGCGUGUGUUUUGUGGUCAGAUGAGCGCCAUUUAUCUAUUCAGUGAAGCUCUUACGACGCAUCAAAUUUGUGCGAUGCACAGAUUAGGACCUGGAUACAAAAGUCAAUUCCGGUUUGACAACGAGUGCUACCUGAAUCUACCCGACAAUCACAAAAGGGUGAGUGAUGAGCUGGAUAAUUCGAGCAUGGUCGACCAAAGUAUGCAAACUGUACUGUACGAUGGCAAGCUGUCCAAUGCAAUUGUGUUCAUGUACAAUCCAGUGGCGACAGACUCUCAAUUAUGUUUACAAAGCGCGCCAAAGGGUAACGUCUCAUACUUUGUCCAUACACCACACGCGCUCAUGUUGCAGGAUGUUAAGGCUGUUAUAACACAUUCCAUACACAGUACAUUGAAUUCCAUCGGCGGAAUCCAAGUAUUAUUCCCAUUAUUUUCACAAUUAGACAUGUCAUAUGACUGCAUCGCGCCCAAUGAUAUCAAACGCGAUCCAAUGUUAUGUUCAAAACUAUUAGGAUUUAUUUGCGACUUGGUAGAAACUUCGCAGACUGUGCAACAACACAUGGUACAAAAUCGUGGCUUUUUAGUCAUCAGUUUCAUGUUACAACGUGCGAGCCGUGAGCAUCUAACGACAGAAGUUCUCGCAUCUUUUUUGGAACUCACUAAGCAUCUUGUUACUUGUCUCAGUGCUAACAGUGAUUUACUAUUAAAGCAGUUACUGGACCACGUGCUCUUCAACCCUGCUCUGUGGAUUUAUACCCCCGCUCCAGUACAAACGAGGCUUUAUUCUUAUCUGGCUACUGAAUUCCUCAGUGACACGCAAAUUUACUCUAACGUACGUCGCGUGUCUACAGUUCUUCAAACUGUUCAUACCCUCAAGUAUUACUACUGGGUCGCUAAUCCACGAGCUAAGAGUGGAAUAACUCCCAAGGGUCUAGAUGGACCACGUCCGCAGCAGAAAGACAUUCUGACAAUUCGCUCAUACAUUCUGUUGUUCCUCAAGCAACUAAUAAUGAUAGGAAACGGUGUGAAAGACGACGAGCUGCAAUCGAUUCUAAACUACCUGACAACAAUGCACGAGGACGAGAACCUCCACGACGUGCUUCAGAUGCUGAUAUCCUUAACAUCAGAGCACCCGUCCUCAAUGGUACCCGCAUUUGACUCAAAACAAGGAGUCCGAACAAUUUUCAAGCUGUUGGCUGCUGAAAGCCAAUUGAUCCGUCUACAAGCUCUCAAACUCCUUGGAUUUUUUCUCUCUCGCAGUACUCACAAGCGCAAGUAUGAUGUAAUGAGUCCACAUAACCUCUAUACGCUUCUUUCCGAGCGACUGUUGUUAAACGAAGAAACCCUGCUUCUACCAACCUACAACGUGCUCUAUGAAAUAAUGACCGAACAUAUAAGUCAGCAUAUUCUCUACACUCGUCAUCCGGAACCAGAAUCGCACUAUCGACUGGAGAACCCGAUGAUUUUAAAAGUUGUCGCUACGCUUAUUCGUCAGUCCAAACAAACGGAACAAUUAUUGGAGGUUAAGAAGCUGUUCCUAUCAGACAUGACUCUUCUCUGCAACAACAACAGAGAGAAUCGUCGCACUGUUUUACAGAUGUCUGUCUGGCAAGAAUGGUUGAUUGCCAUGGCGUACAUACACCCGAAAAACACUGAAGAGCAGAAAAUAUCAGACAUGGUUUACUCGUUGUUUAGAAUGCUGCUUCAUCAUGCAAUAAAGCACGAGUAUGGAGGUUGGCGUGUCUGGGUUGACACUUUGGCUAUUGUACAUUCUAAAGUUUCUUAUGAAGAGUUUAAGCUCCAGUUUGCUCAGAUGUACGAGCACUAUGAGAGACAGAGGUCGGAUAAUAUCACAGACCCAGAAGUCAGACAGCAGAGACCUAUUAGCACUAUUUCUGGGUGGGAUCAACAGCACGCGACUAGCAAUGGUAAUGCUAUCAAUGGUAAUGGAGCUAUUGAAAAUGGUGAUGAAGGGUAUAGAAAUUGGAAUGAGGAUCAUGCUAUUGAGAGGAAUUAUAAGGAGUAUGAUGCCAUUGAGGUUAAUGAAGUUGAGUCUAAUGAAAGAUUGGAAGAAACUUGUAGUUGUGAUUUAAAUUCUAUUGAUAAUACGGAAGAUAGUGAGGGAAGUCCAUCGAUUGCUGUCAAGUCCAGAGAUGUUGUCUCCAUUGAUUCCAGGCUCAGUGAGAUGGAGAAGAUUGAUAGUUGUGUUAUUGGUAAUCAUGUGGGAGAAGAUGAGUGUGAUAAGGAGGAGGAAGAGGAGGAAGAAAAGGAAAAGGUGGUGGAAGGGAAGGAAGAUGAAGGUGGUUUGGAGGUUAAGAUUGAGGAGAUUGUUGAGGAUAAGGUCGAAGAAGAGAAGGAUGAUAAGAAGAUAGAUUGUAAGGAAAGUGAAAAAGAUGUUGUAGGAGUUGAGGAAGUAGUUGAAGAAGUUGGAGAAAAAAUUGAAGGAGUUCCGGAGGAAAUAAAAGAGGCUGAGGAAAUUAAAGUAGAGGCUGAAGAAGUUGAAGAAAUUGAAGUUAAAAAAGUUGAAGUUGAAGAUGAUAUUGAUAAUAAAAAUAUUAAAAAUGAUGACAAUCAAACAGAUGUAAUUGAUAGUAAAAAUAUUGAUAAUGAUAAUGCUAAAGAUAAUGAAGAUGUAAAAGAAAAAAUUGAGGAGAAUUUAGUUGAAGAAGAGAAAGAAAUUAAUAAAAUAAAUGUAAGUAAUGUAAUAGAAGAAAUUGAUGUAGAAAAGAAUGAAAUUAAAGAGCAAGAAUCAAAUGAGGUGGCAUUAAAAGUAGAAAAUAAUGAAGUUGCUGAUGAAGAAAAAAAAGAAAUUAGUGAUUUUAAAGAGAGUAAUGAUGUGGUUGAUUCGAUUGAUAAUGUAAAUAAGGAUGUUGAUGAAAAUAAAGAAGAAGAUGUUAAAGAAAAUAAAGUGGAUGUAGUGGAUAAAAGUAAUGAUGGAGACAAAGCAGAGGAAAGCAAAGAACAACAGGAAGAAGAAAAAGAAGAAAUUAAAGAUGAAGAAAUAGUAGUGACAGAAACUGAUAAUGAAGCUGAUAAAGAAGAUUUAGUGGAUAAAACCGACAAGACUGAAAAAGUCGAUGACACAUUCGAUGAUACUUUGGGUUCUAAAAGUAUCGAUUGCUCAACUAGCGUAAUUAAAAGCACUGACGAUUGUACGAGUGUAAAAAGUGACGGAGAAAAUAAAUUAAAAGGUGAUGUAAUAAAUGGUGAGAGUGGAGAGGAUAAAAUUGAGGAAGAAAAGGAGGAGGAAAAAGAGGAAGAAAAGGAAGAAAAUGAUGUGAAAGAAGUUGAGGGUGAAGGUGAUCAAGUAGAGGUGAAGGAAGUGGAAAAAGAAGACCAAGAUAAACAAGAAGAAGGAGAAGUGAAGAAGGAGGAGGAGGAGAAAGCGGUGGAGGAAAAAAAUAAAUAUAAAGAAGAAGUGGAGACGAGUAAGGGAGAACAUUCAAGCGAACCGUCCAAUAUUUCUACUAGUAUAAGUGAAACAAUCGUACCAGUAAACGAGGAUGUAGAAAUAAAUGAUAUUAAUAAUAGUAAAAAUGUUAAUAUGAAUACAGUUAAAGUAGAUGAUGAUAAUAUGCAAGUGCCAAAUACUACACAAACAGAACUUCAACAACAAAUACCAACAAUAUCAACGGUCUGUGAUGCUACUAAAAGUUUAUCCGAUGGUGUGCCUCAAGUUAUUUCUAGUGUGCUCGCAAUGGACAAUCCUCUGAAUUCAAGUGUCAAUGAUGUACAGUUAAGUACUAUAACUGCUGAUGUUGCUGUCGACCAUGAGCACGUUGAUCCGCAUCGCAGGUCUAGUCUACCGAAUGUGACAACCUCUGAAGCUGAUACUGACCCAAGUUGUGCUGGUGUCAGUGCUAAUGCUGAUAAGCCUAUUGUUCUUAACGGUGAUACUAAACGAACGGUUAAUAUGCCCAGUAAAAAAAUUUCUUCACCACAAAAAAGACCACGCAGUGCCUCGACUUCCACUCAAGUAGAUCCCAAUCAUUUUGAAUCUAAAAGAGCAAAACAAGGUAAUGGAACUAAUCGGCCGAUGUUCAGUCCAGGACCAAGCCGACCGCCAUUCAGGAUACCCGAAUUUAAAUGGUCUUACAUACAUCAGAGAUUGCUGUCUGAUGUUCUAUUUUCACUUGAGACGGAUAUUCAAGUUUGGCGAAGUCAUUCAACAAAAUCAGUAUUGGAUUUUGUGAAUAGCAGUGAAAAUGCAAUUUUUGUGGUGAAUACCGUGCAUUUAAUUUCACAAUUGGCGGAUAAUUUAAUAAUUGCCUGCGGCGGGUUAUUGCCAUUAUUGGCGUCAGCAACAUCACCGAAUAGUGAACUUGAUGUAAUUGAGCCAACACAAGGUAUGCCAAUCGAGGUAGCAGUGUCAUUCCUUCAAAGGCUAGUUAAUAUGGCCGAUGUUUUGAUAUUCGCAAGUUCACUUAAUUUCGGCGAGCUUGAAGCCGAAAAAAAUAUGUCAAGUGGUGGAAUUUUGCGACAGUGUUUACGUCUGGUCUGUACUUGUGCUGUUAGAAACUGCUUAGAGUGUAAAGAGCGUGGCAGAACUUACAGCAUGUUAGGUCGUCAAAUCGGUACUAGUAAUAAAUCACAGCACUUACAAUCUCUUAUACGUGGAGCACAGACAUCACCGAAGAACAUUGUAGAUAAUUUAACAAAUCAAUUGAGUCCAGUAAAAGAUCCCGAAAAACUACUACAGGACAUGGAUGUGAAUCGUUUGAGAGCUGUUAUUUACAGAGAUGUUGAAGAAACUAAACAGGCACAGUUUCUGUCUCUGGCGAUAGUUUACUUCAUCUCUGUACUAAUGGUAUCUAAAUAUCGCGACAUUCUCGAGCCACCGAUUUCACAACGUCCACCAAGUCCUGUUCAAACAAUCCAGACCAAUGGAGCUAAUAUUCGCCCGGCGAGCCCUACAGGAGACGGUAACGGUGGUGGAGGAGGUCGGCCUCUGUUUCCACAGUGGUCUCACCACGUGUAUCCUCAGUUCCUUCCGGGUACUCACCCCAACGCCAAUGCAAAUCUAAACGCCAACCACCAUCACAUCAGCCAGCACCACCACCAGCACCCGCUACCACCACCGACUGCCAGGCACUCAAAUCGCCAGAAUCCCUCGAACUAUUACAUUCCGAACCAUCAUACUAAUCAUUACAAUAACCAUCAUCACCAUCAUCCGAAUAACAAUUACAAUAACUACCAUCGUCACCACUACUACCACCAUCAUAACAAUAAUAAUAAUAAUAACAAUAACAACAAUAACAAUCACCAUCACGCGCUUCAAAAGCAUAACGAGCCCCGAAACCUUUAUCAUAGAAAUUCAGGUGUCGGUCUGCAAGAAAGCGGAGGAAUAAUGAGCCAAUCUGGUUCCCAAGAUGAUGGAGAAUAUGAAGUUAUUAUUGUUGAUGAAAAUAAUUCGAGCAUACUUGCUGAUCAUGAUGUCACUUCUUCUGGGCCACCAUCAACGAAGGGAGGUCACAGUGGUGUACCUCGAUCACAACCUAUCCUUGAGGAUUACAACACCACAUCUGAACCGUCUAUUGGUUCUUCAAAACGUCCCGAAGUACCAAGAUUAACAACCAAGAGCAAUGAUUCAAGUGAAGAAGCUAUGCAUCGCAGUAAUUUGACUGCUGACCCAAGUCCAUCGGAUAUUACAACAGACAACGAAAACAAACAUAAUUCAUCGGAGGAAGCUUGGACAGACGUUAAUCUUAACGAAGAUGCUGAUACUAUACAAAUUAAUAAUUCACGUGAUGAUCCACGUAAUAUUCACAACAUUACACAUUCUCAUGGUAACCAAGAUAAUGAAGGAAAUGUAUUGGAACAAGAGACACUGGGUGAUGCAGAACGCGGUGAAAAACCAACAGGUGAAAUAUCUGUUGUACGAAUACCCGAUCGGUUGGUAAUGACAUCAGCAUCCCCACGUCCAGAUGAUCUACCGAUCAAGAGUCUGGUGGAGCAUUUACCCGUGCCAACGCCGUCACGCGAAGCGUCGCUGACACAAAAACUGGAGAUGGCCCUCGGCUCUGUCUGUCCACUGCUGCGUGAAAUAAUGGUCGACUUUGCGCCGUUUUUAUCUAAAACCCUUGUCGGUUCACACGGCCAAGAAUUACUUAUGGAAGGCAAAGGGUUAACGACAUUUAAAAAUAGUAAUUCUGUCGUCGAACUUGUCAUGCUGCUCUGCUCACAGGAAUGGCAAAAUUCACUACAAAAACACGCCGGGCUGGCUUUCAUUGAAUUGAUCAACGAAGGAAGACUAUUGUCACACGCAAUGAAAGAUCACAUUGUUCGAGUUGCCAAUGAAGCUGAGUUCAUUCUUAAUCGUAUGCGUGCUGAUGACGUUCUUAAGCAUGCUGAUUUUGAGUCUCAAUGCGCUCAAACUCUCUUAGACCGCAGAGAAGAAGAAAGAAUGUGCGAUCAUUUAAUAACCGCAGCACGAAGACGUGACAAUGUCAUUGCCAGUCGUUUACUUGAAAAAAUACGUAACAUACUAUCGAAUAAACAUGGCGCGUGGGGAUACAUGGAUCCCAUGGCAGCUAAACUGACGGAAUUCUGGAAAUUGGACGCUUGGGAAGACGAUGCUCGGCGACGCAAGCGAUUCGUCCACAAUCCCUUGGGUUCGAGCCAUCCCGAAGCGACUCUGAAAGCUGCUCUGGAACAUGGUGCUCCAGAAGACGCGAUUCUUCAAGCACGCGAAGAAUUUCACGCUCAUCUUGCGGCUUCGCGUGCUCACCAGCAGCAACUCCAGUCCGCGGAUCUUAUGGACGACAGUGAAUUACUGUCUGACGAUAGGGAUCUUGACAAUGAUUUGACUGGACCAAUAAACAUCAGCACCAAAGGGAAAAUAAUAGCUCCAGGAAUCGUAGCACCAGGAAUAAUUUCCAUAACAUCCACGGAGCUGUACUUUGAGGUCGACGAGGACGAUAUCGAGUUCAAAAAAAUCGACAGUGAGGUAAGUACUUUUUAUUAUUUUUAA